AUGUACAAGCUGCCCACCGAGGCUGUCGUCGUCCACGAUGGGGCGCUCGAAGGCGCAUCCCCUGAGAAGCCUUCAGUGGCGGCGGCGGCCCUCGAGGUGGCGAUCACGACCGCUGAUUAUGAAGGCAAGCCCACGGAGGAGGAGCUUGCCACACUUCGUCGAGUCCCCGGCAAGCUCCCCACGGUCGCAUAUCUUCUAUGUGCCGUCGAAUUCUGCGAGCGCGCUUCGUACUAUGGCUGUGCUCUGAUUUGGACCAACUAUAUCAACCGUCCGCUGCCAAAGGGUGGUAAUGGGUACGGUGCCGUCCCCGAGGGUAGUCAAGCCACGCAGGGUGCAUUGGGGAUGGGCGAGCAAGUCGCGAAUGCGACCUCGCAGGCGUUCAAUUUGAUUGCUUACUGCUUCCCUCUUGUCGUGGGCUAUCUGGCAGAUGCCAAGUUCGGCAGGUUCCCCAUGAUCUUCUGGGGUAUCAUCAUUUGUGGCAUCGGACACAUCCUGAUCAUCGCCGGAGGUUCGAAACAACUUAUUGAGAACGACACAGCCAAGAUACCAUUCUUCCUGGGAGUCUUCAUCUUGGCAAUUGGCGCUGCCAUGUUCAAGCCAAACGUGUCGCCGUUGCUACUCGAUCAGAUGCAAACACGCAGGCCCAACGUCAUCACGUUGAAGUCUGGUGAGCGUGUUAUUGAGGACCCCGAGCAUGGUACCGAGCGCGUGAUGCUAUGGUUCUACUUGCUUAUCAAUAUCGGGGCGUUCCUGUCCACUGCGACCUCGUACUCGGCCCGAUAUGUAGGAUGGUGGCUGGCGUACCUGCUGCCUCUUCUCCUAUACCUGCCUCUGCCGCUCUUGCUCUUAUGGCUCAAGCCUCGGCUCGUUCUGCAAAAGCCCGGAGGGUCCGACUUGCCCAAUGUCUUCCGCAUCUUGGGCCACUGCUUGAGAGGAGGUGGCGUCUUUAGGAUCGGCCGUCCUGGAUGGUGGGACGCGGGCAAGCCGUCCGUGAUUGCCGCCAGUGGACGACGGCCCGAAACACAUUACAACGACCAGUUUGUAGAGGAUGUCAAGCGCACCAUGCAGGCCGCGGGCAUGUUUGCCUUCUUCCCCGUUCAGUUCUGGAAUGACAAUGGCAUCGGGAGCUCGGCGAAUUUUCUAACCACAAUGCUUAUGGGCAACGGCGUACCUAACGACGUUAUCGGAAACUUCAACUCCCUUUCCAUUAUCGUCCUAGGUCCGGUUCUGAAUUAUGGCCUUUAUCCCCUUCUACGGAGGCAAAGGAUUCGCUACGGUCCCGUGGCUAGACUUACGACUGGCUUCUUCAUCAGCACCAUAGCGGGCCUGGGUUAUUGCAUCUUGUGCUACAGAGCGUAUGAAACCAACCCUUGUGGCUGGUAUGGAUCUUCGGACCCUGAGUGCGUCGACAAUGGGCUUGUUUCGCCCAUUUCGCUUUGGUGGGCGGCCAUCCCAUUCGCCUUGGGAGGCUUUUCGGAGCUCUUCCUCAAUGUCCCUGCACUUGGCAUUGCCUACUCCCGCGCGCCACCAAAUAUGAGAGGGAUUCUUUCCGCCACGCAGCUCUUCUUCUCCUCCGGCGUGGCCUAUGUCGUGAACUUGGCCGCCUCGGCCGUGAUUGCCGAUCCGCACUUGGUGUGGGACUUUGCAGUGCCGACCAUUCUUGGUGCGGUGGUGACAGUUUUCUUCUACUUCUACUUUCGUCACAUUGACAAAGAAGAAUACCUCCUCUCUUCGGCCGAGGAAGCAACUGAUUCGCAGGAGGAUGGCUCCAAAGAUGUGAAUGUGGACAGCCAUGCCGUCCCGGUCAAAAGUGUGGCAUGA